AUGGGUGGCGAAGGAUGGCUGUUCCUCUUCUCGGUCAUUAUGGCCGCUGUGCUCCUGUUCACCAUGGUCUUCUUUAUCAUCAUGUUCUCUGAUCUCGAGUGCGACUACAUCAACCCCAUCGACCUCUGCAACAAGCUCAACCAAUUUGUCCUCCCCGAGAUGAUCGCCCACGCUUUCCUGACCCUCCUCUUCCUCCUCUCGGGGCAGUGGAUUGCGUUCCUCCUCAAUGCGCCCCUCGUCGCUUUCAACGUCAACAAGAUUAUGGGGAAGAAUCACAUGUACGACGCGACAGAGAUCUUCCGUACACUUUCGGGCCACAAGAAGGAGAGCUUUAUCAAGCUCGGUUUCUACCUCAUCUCCUUCUUCUACUACCUCUACCGCAUGAUCCUCGCCCUCAUUUCCGAGAGCGACUAG